AAUGACCUAUAUACGGGUAAAAUAGAUUUCUCUAUGGCUGAAUGAGGAAGUUAAUUGUGUAGGUGUACAAAAUUCGAUCAACCAUGGAUUGGAAAAAGGCUUUUGCAAAAAAUAGAGUAGAGAUUGUAAGGAAUUUAGCCAAUCCAAACGAUGUGGCUGGCUGUCUUUUUAGCGAUAGAGUGUUUACAGAGGAAAUGAGAGAUGGAGUACAACAAGAACUUGAGACAGAACAGAAGAACAGAAUGAUACUUGACACUCUCCACAGGCGAGGUCAACGUAGUGUUAAAAGUCUUUACAAUGCUUUCCAAGAAACUGGGAAUGAUCAUUUGGCAGAUCUGUUACUACCCUAUGCUAAGAUUAUUGAACAAAAAGAGAAUUUUAAUGACCCAAAAGAAUGGCCACCAGAGAAAUCUGAACAAACAGCCAUGGAGGAGCAUGGAGUUUUUAAAAUAAAAGACCUAAAAAGUCCUCUUUUGCACGACUAUAAUAAAGAAGAUGUCUAUAGACUUUGUUGGGAAAAACGAGGAAAGGUCUUUAUUAUGAAUAAUAAAUUUUCAAAUUCAACCUGGGAAAGACAUGGCUCAGACGUUGAUGUAAAAAAUCUGACAGAUUUAUUCCAAGAGUUGCAUUUCGAAGUUGUAACAAAGACAGAUACACCAGCAAAGGAAAUGUUCGAAUUUCUAAUCAAAGAAAGAAAUAAAAUAGAGAACUGGAAGGACAUUGAAUGUAUAGUCCUUAUCCUCAUGAGUCAUGGAACAUCUGGCUACAUAUACGGAAGCGACCGCAUACCAAUAAAAUUAUCAGAUCUCACAUACGUUUUUGAUUCAGAACAUUGCAUAGGUUUAGAUGACAAACCAAGAUUGGUAUUUGUGCAAGCUUGUCGAGGAGUAACCGAUCAGGGCAAAAUAGCAGAGCUUUGCGUAAAAGUGGAAAAUCAGAAAAUCCAGCCUAAAUCUGGUGAUGAACUAGAUUCAGAAACGUUCCAUGAUGAAAAGCCAACACAAGUAAAGCACCCUUCAGCAGAUUUUUUUAUUGUGUAUGCAACACCAGAAGGGACAUCCGCCUACAGGCAUAUUGAAAGUGGAUCCUGGUUUUUAAAUGCUGUUGUUUGGACGUUCAAAUAUCAUGCCAAACGUGAAGAGCUGCAACAUCUACUUAUAAGAGUAAACAGAUUAGUCGCAAAAGGAAAAGGUUCAGCUUUAUAUGAACAGAAGCUAACUGUAUCGGAGGUUAAAUCAAAUCUGAGGAAGAAAUUUUACUUCUUUCCCGGUGUUUAUGGUGAAUCACCUCAGUUCUUCAAUGAAUGAACGACAUCAACAAUGUAUUUGGCUGUCAAAAGAAGAUACUGAUAAAAAAAAUUAUUAUAUGGUUUGGCAUGUUUUGUAAAUGUAAUCAACAUAUACAUAUCAUAUACAUGGUUUCAAUUUAUUAUUCGACAUUUUCAUACAAGAUUUGGGGAUAUUGUAAUCCAAAUAGUAUUUAAGAAGCUUUGUUCUUUUAUAGUAAUGCAAAUAUUCUGACCAGUUCAAUAUUUUUUUUAUUUCAUCAAGAAACAAAAAAUUGAAACAUCAUCUGACAAAGUCUUUGCUUGUUUAAAAAUUGAGAACUUACUGUACUGACAUAUCCAUUGAAAUAUAUUGAAUCUGAAUAUAAUCUAAAAUUUACAAAAUUAAGCCAUGUGUGUCCAUUGUUCCGGUGUGUAUCUUAUUUACGAAUGUAAUUUUACUCAUUAUAUAUAUAUAUUUAUCAAAAUAAAAAUAUAAUGGUCAA